GGGCCUUCUUCCUUCUCGCCGAACGCCGCCAACAUGGUGUUCAGGCGCUUCGUGGAGAUUGGCCGGGUGGCCUACGUCUCCUUUGGGCCUCAUGCCGGAAAACUGGUCGCGAUUGUAGAUGUUAUUGAUCAGAACAGGGCUUUGGUUGAUGGACCUUGCACUCGGGUGAGAAGACAGGCCAUGCCUUUCAAAUGCAUGCAGCUCACCGACUUCAUCCUGAAGUUUCCACACAGUGCCCGUCAGAAGUGCGUGCGACAAGCCUGGGAGAAAGCAGAUAUCAGUACAAAAUGGGCGGCCACAAGAUGGGCCAAGAAGAUUGAAGCCAGAGAAAGGAAAGCAAAGAUGACAGAUUUCGAUCGUUUUAAAGUCAUGAAGGCAAAGAAAAUGAGGAAUAGAAUAAUCAAAAAUGAAGUUAAGAAACUUCAAAGAGCAGCUCUCCUGAAAGCUUCUCCCAAAAAAGCACCUGUCGCUAAGGCAGCGAUAGCAGCUGCGGCGGCAACUGCUAAAGCUAAAGGUCCAGCGAAAAAGGCUACUGAUGGAGGCAAGAAGGCCCCGGCCCAGAAGGCUCCUGCCCAGAAAGCCACAGGCCAGAAGGCAGCUCCGCCUGCAAAAGCUCAGAAGGGCCAGAAGGCUCCAGCCCAGAAAGCAGCUGCUCCAAAGGCAUCUGGCAAGAAAGCAUAAGAAUCUGCUCUAAAAAGGAAUAAAGAUUCUUUUUGACACGUUG